CAAUGAGCAGGAGUUGCCAUCGUGUGAAAGCGUAGUAAAGUAAUACGCAUGCGUAUUCGAGGUUCGGGACGAGACGAGCCAGUGUGUUAGCCAUAGCUUCCUUCUUAGCAGCAAGUGUCCGGCCCGAGUAGCUGGCAGUCCCGCAUCAUGUUCAGCGCAGCCGUCCGACUCUCUCUCUCCGGGGCCCGGAGCCUAACCCGCACGAAACCCGGGUGCCAAGCUCUUCUGGCCUCAAGGUGGUACUCUCAUGGAAAGCACGAGACAGACGAGGAGUUUGAUGCUCGCUGGGUCACGUAUUUCAACAAGCCUGAUAUCGAUGCCUGGGAGCUCAGGAAAGGGAUGAACACACUGGUUGGUUAUGAUUUGGUCCCUGAGCCCAAGAUCUUGGAAGCAGCUCUGCGAGCCUGUCGCAGGUUAGAUGACUUGGCUAGUGCCAUCCGAAUUUUGGAAGCUGUGAAGGACAAAGCUGGUCCCCACAAAGAGAUCUACCCGUACGUCAUCCAGGAGCUGAGGCCCACUUUAGAUGAGCUGGGAAUCUCCACGCCGGAAGAGCUCGGCAUUGACAAAUUAUAAAAUCGAGAGACUGUGGACAUCAAAUCCCACGAACCUGUGUUUUCCUCAUCUAAUACGUCUGCUAUUUAAUUUGGCCUUUAUUAAGUUCUGUUGCUUGUAAAAUAUUGAAGAACCUAAUAAAGGAGAGUAUCUUUUACUGUGUGCCACAUGUAUUUUGGGAUAUAAAAACAUUUGGCUUUAAACGCUCGUCAAAGCAAUGAAUCAAUACAAGCCUCUUCAGAAUGGUGCAUGGUCCUGUGAGAGUCGCUUUUCACCACCAGGGAGCAGCAUUUUCACGUGAAUGUACAGUCAUUCUACUGUUUGUCUUUUACAUCUGUUUUCAGUUCAGGGAAAAUGUUCAUGCUGGUUAAUAAACAUGUUCAAACUGUA